UUCUACAGCUAGUACACCACCCAGUACAGCGUGGAGGGCCGGCCGCGGAAUGGGGCGAGUUUUUGCACCAGCCAGGAAAGAUCUACACAGACUUCUCCAAGAUCAGAGACGAGAUAGCCAACGAAACAGACCGGCUGACUGGAACCAACAAGGGCAUCUCACACACUCCCAUCAACCUGAAACUAUAUAGCCCAAACAUGCUCGAUCUGACCCUGGUUGAUUUGCCGGGUAUUACGAAGAUCGCCGUUGGAGACCAACCCGAAGACAUUGAGGUGCAAAUUCAUCAGUUGAUUGAGUCGUACAUAAACAACCCAAACUGCAUCAUACUGGCUGUAACCGCUGCCAACACGGACAUCGCGAACUCAGACGCUCUCAAGAUGGCGAAGAAAGCGGAUCCCAAGGGUUUACGGACGAUCGGCGUGGCCACGAAACUGGAUCUGAUGGAUGCAGGCACAGACGCACUGGACAUAUUGACCGGCAAAGUGGUAGCCAGUAAACUUGGGUUUAUUGGUGUGGUAAACCGGAGCCAGGCGGAUAUCAAUCAGAAGGUGUCGAUAGAAACUGCGAGAGAGGCAGAGCAGGAGUAUUUCAGGACACAUCCCGCCUACAAGUCUCUAUACAAGCAAUCCGGUACCGAAUAUCUGACGAGGCGACUCAACCAAUUGCUGAUGACCCACAUCCGUCGGUGCUUGCCCUCUCUCCGCAGCAGAGUACACGCUCUGCUGUCAGAGAAGACUACGGAGAUGCAGGCCUUCGGGGACUCGUAUCUGGAGAAUGUGGACAAAGGUGCGUUGCUGCUGCAGCUGCUGACCCGCUUCAGCCAGGCGUUCUCACAG